UGCACACACGCGCACACCUUUAAAAUGUUUCACAUCUUUCCGGCUUGCCGGGCGGUCACUUGAGUUAGUCCCAACACGACGUUUCUGACACCGGGAAGUUGUUCACAAAGACGGAAUUCUGAUCAUCAGCAAAGCAGCACUUAUUGGCCCUAUUUGUUUAGGGGCACCUUUAACUGGAGUCAAUGUUCACUCUGCGCACGUGAAAGGGCCAUGUUGAAUGUAGAUACGCUGUACGCGUUAAAAGGAUUGUCGCUGCCUUCACGAAGCCGUUGUUGUUGAGGGUGUGAAAAAAAGGUAACAACUCAAGUGACACUUUGGACAACUGAAGAUGUUUGACCGAUUAAAUACCUGGGAGCCCUGGGCUCGUAAGAUAGUUGUUCGAACAUGCGGCCCUCCGCUCCUGCUGCUGCUGCUCAUAACACCGCCACAGUGCUUGGUUGAAGGUGGCUCAUUUCAAGUUUUUGUGGAAGAUACCAUUGUUGCACCAUCGGGUACAGACUUGAAAAUAAUAUGUAGGGCGAAUGUAGACGUAGAAAAAGCAGCUCUUCAGUGGUACAUUAUGACAGCUGAAGGAAGAAAGAGGGUGUACUACAAGAAAGGACACCUGACCUACCCAUCUGAUAACCAAGUCUACCGCAAUCGGCUCUCAAUUGUCGAUGACUUCUCACUUUUAGUGAGGAAUGUAAUUCCGCUGGAUGAGCGGGAGUUCAUCUGCAGCAUCACCUUGGGCAGAACGGAAGCCAAUUCAACCCAUGUUAAAAUCUGCGCAUUUCCCGAUCUGAAAUUGUCUGAAAGUACACAUCCACUAUUCAUUGACAACACAUUUCAAAAAGUCGCAGACUGCGUUGCUGAAGGAUAUCCUCAGCCCGAACUUGCUUGGUUUAAAACGUGGAAACGAAUCUACGAAAGCAGAGAUGUGGAGAUCAAGACGGAGGUGUCGAGGAACGAUAUUGGAAUGUUCACAGUGAGCUCCGUGCUGAAGAUCCGACCCCAGGAGACAGGCACAACGAGCCCGUUCCACUGCUCGAUCAUGACCCCUGACGGAGCCGUAGAAUACAUGUCCUCGAUAGACAUACGACUAACCUGUGAACAGUACGUUUACUGCUAUAAUAUGAACUAUAAGUGAUAUCUUGGCCCGAGGUCGUGGAUAAGGAUGUCAAAAAAAUUGUUGUUUGGCCAGGGUCAGUCCUGGGUUCAGAAAGGGUGUCCUGGUAUCCCAAAGCUUGUGUGAAAUUAAGAUGUUUUUUUGCUGGUUUAAAAUGAUGCGUAUUUAGACCUCACCAGACACUGAA